CUUAUCUGUCUUUACUCUUGAACGCACAGCAGGUCAGGUUGUGCCGCCGGCAGCCACGUUGACGCCCUGAGAAUCUACGCCGCUAGUAGUCCCCGAGAGAGACGUCGCUGUCGCGAGAUCUGUCAGCUUCUUCCCCCUCAUCGCUGGGAGGGAUUGCAUCGCGAGGCAGCGAGAGGCGCCGUCGCGAGAGUUGCUGCAGCAACAGUAGCCUCCGUGAGAGGUGCCACGGCGAGUAUUAUCUCUGCCCGUGAAUUCUGCGAUUCGGAGCGACUCAUUCGAUUCAGAAGUCGAAUUGUACUAUACGCACACGACACGGGAGCAAAAGCGAUUCGUAUCGUGAAUCGUACGAUACUCACUACUAGUGAAACUGAUAUUGUAUCGAUAAGCAGAACAGAUAAAAGAAAUGGUGUUAGGAUUGAGAGAGAUACGCUGUAGUGGAGUGCCUCUCCUUGACCAUGAGAAUGGGGAGGAGCUGAUGCGGGUACAACCUGGUACAGACAUAGUCCUAGGCAACCUUCCUCGAGAAUCCCCUGGCACGCUCUACAUCACUACUAAGCAAGUAGUAUGGGUGAAUGAUGUAGACAAGACUAAAGGGUAUGCUGUUGAUUUUUUAUCCAUAUCUCUUCAUGCUGUCUCUACAGACCCUGAAGCUUACCCUCUUCCUUGUUUAUAUACCCAGAUUGAUACUGAAGAAGCUGAUGAUGACCACUCUGAUUCGGAAUCUAAUCAAAUCGAACAAGAUUUGUCCAAUGUCACAGAAAUGAGGCUCAUUCCCACUGAUCCUACCCAAUUGGACACUCUCUUUGCAAUAUUCUGCCAGUGUGCAGAGCUUAAUCCAGAACCGAAUGAUGAUGAAGGAGAAGAAGAACAUGACUGGGUUUUCAGUGCUGAUCAGAUGGUAGAUGAAGAAGCAGAGGACGAAGGUUAUAUCUCUCACAAUCCAGCCAACUCUAUUGGUCAGUCAAAUGGAAAUCAUGACCUAGCCCGUACCAUACUUGAGCUUCAAAUCAAUGAUCGAAGAUUUGAGGAUGCGGAAGAGAUGGAUGAUAAUGGAGAUGGCACCCAUCAUUGAGUGUCUGUAACUGUCCGUUGAGGUUUGGUUUUAUAUAUGUAAUUCUAUUAUGAAAAUCUGACCAGGCUUAGGUUGUCCGUUGUAUCCGAGACUUUUUUAAGAAAACAGCAAUAGUGAGUUUAGAGCUAUAUUGUAGAAGAAAUUGAGUAUUGUAUGAAUACUUUAUUGAUAAUUAAUGUUUGGUCUUUAUCGGUGCGCAUUCCAGUGCAGGCAAAUUAUUUUACUGA